CUAAGCGACGUAACGGCUGUUUAAUCGGUAGUCGUCGCGACGGAUUUGCUCGUGUCAUAUCAGUCGUCGCAGUUUCAGGAAAACUGUCCUGUCUAUUCAAUUUGCUCGCGGUUAAUCAACUUGAGGACAGUUUUUGUUCCCUUACCGACUUAUUUUCUCCUCGGUCCGGUCACCGACGGAACGGUCGAAUAGGAGUCUGCAUUCGAUGAUAGGUGGUACAUGUUUAUCGUCAGUCGGUGAAAUUUCUCACGAGAAAACAGACUCCGUGAUAGCUACAAACAUACCCUAUUGUUUGUGUAUCAGACGAUAACCACGAGAUACUGAAACAUCGUAUGUUAGCUUAUCCCCGCGUUACUUUGGUUUUCCUUCGCGCAAACCGUCGUGAGAAUUGGUAGCUGUACCAUCGCGACGAUGACAGCUCUUUCAUUCUUUAAUUAUCUUCGAAUGAUUCAAGACUCGUGACGCGCGCUUCAGUUUUAUUUCGACACGAGAAUGAAAAUUGUUUGUUAAACAAUCGGUGGUGAUAGACGCAACUGGCAUGAACCCAGAGUGCAGUUAGUCGCUGGAGAUUCUGUGUUCUUGAUUAGGAACAGUGCAACGAGAUCAACGUGAUCUUUGAAGUUUCUAAAAUAAAGAGAUACGAGCAAGAAAAAGAAAUUACACGAUUCAAAAGAUAAAGAGUUAUACAAUCGUGGACAUUAAAAUUGUUCGUUUCAACAUUGACAUCGAGUGGCUCUGAAUAUUCUUGGAUUAUAUAUCAGUCUAUUUUGGUGGAAUAAAAUUCUAUACUAUACUAGUUGGCAGAAAAGUUACCCGUUGACGUUUAAAACUUAAACAUAAUUUUCAACAUUGGUUUAACGAUGGAAGUAUUCUGUUUUUAUAGAUUUCACUUCGUAUAAGUCACGCCGAAUAAUAUGCAAACAUUGUAUAUGCAUAGGCUGACAAUUCGAACUAGCAUGACUAGUUAGCGAUUGACAGACAUAGAGUCAGUGGAAAUGGAGAUGUACGAUAACAAGGAUGCAAACGGCGAUAUGAUGGUCAAUUCGGUCGACGAAGAAUGCACGAUUCAAUUGAGGGACGACCAAAAUUUUCUUAAUCCGGAAACGAGGCCGAUUACUAGGAUACAUGUAGGGUUCGACGAUCUCACAUACGAAGUCGGUCAAAAGAAAGGUAAGACGAAGAGAAUUCUGAAGAACAUCACCGGAUGUUUUCGGCCGGGAAGGUUGACUGCCAUUCUCGGUCCAUCCGGCGCUGGAAAGACGACAUUGCUUCGCAUCAUAUCUACCCUGAAGUCGACCAACGUGAAAGGCACAAUUACAGUUAACGACCAAAGAUGGAACGCCGACGUUUUUCACAAAGAAACGUGCUUCCUGCCACAGGAAUUCGCACUAUUACCAUUGCUCACCACUCGCGAGACUCUGUACUUUACUGCCCGUCUAAAAGUUCAAGGCAUUCGCGAUCGACGCGCUUUUUAUUUGAUUAUCGAAGAAAUAGCAGACAAUUUGAAUCUGUCGAACAGUCUAGACACAAUGGUGGAGAAUCUGAGUGGUGGCGAAAGGAAACGGUUAUCAAUAGGUAUAGAAAUGGUCACGAGACCGUCCGUAUUGUUGUUGGAUGAACCAACCAGCGGCCUCGACAGCACUUCCUCGUGUCAGGUGAUCAAUUUGCUGCAUCGAAUGGCGAGUACCGGUUGCACGGUCGUUUGUGCGGUUCAUCAACCCAGCAGCCGGAUGAUAUCUAAGUUCGAUGACCUGUUAGUCCUGCACCAGGGAAAGUCUUUCUACUGCGGCACUUGGGACAACGUUUUAAGCACCUUCAAUGACGCGGGAUAUGUCUGCCCGCAGUUUUAUAAUAUAGCCGAAUUUGUUUUAGAAGUCGUGACUGGCGAGAGAGACGGCGACUUGGACAAUUUGUACACAAUAAGUCACGACAAAUAUCAGAAAUGGAAGACAUUGUUCCAACGUCCUACAAUGGAUUUGGAUUCCGGUGUCACGUUGAAAAUUAACAAUAAUACAAACAAAUUGAAGUCGCCCGUAUGGGAAGAGGCGAAAGUACUGUUAAUGAGAGGAAUGAUCUGUACUAAACGUGAUAAUACAUUGACUAAGCUCAGGUUUGCAGCUCACGUGGUAGUAGCUUUUUUAUUAGGCGCCGUGUUUUAUAAUACCGGGAGCGAUGCUAGUAGAAUUAACAGCAAUAUCGCUUGCGUAUUCUUUGUUUUACUGUUCUUGUAUUUUUCAAGUUCCAUGCCGGCUGUGCUAAUGUUUCCUAUAGAGGCAAGUGUAUUCUUGCGAGAAUAUUUAAACAAUUGGUAUCGUUUGAGGUCUUACUACGUGGCGAAAAUUACGUCUGACUUACCGUUGCAAAUCCUUUGUCCAUCCGUAUUUAUCUUUAUAGCAUACUACAUGACUGGCCAGUACAUGGAAUGCGACAGAUUCUUUCGUACAUGGUUAAUCUGCAUUUUGACAACGAUAUUGGGCCAGUCGUCAGGGAUGCUCGUCGGUGUCGCAUUUAACCAGCACUUAGGAAUAUUUUUAGUUCCUGCGAUCAAUAUGCCCAUGAUUCUAUUCGCCGGGUUUUUCUUGAAAUUCAGCGAAGUAGCGGGAUACCUUCAACCACUGUGCAUUAUUAGCUUUUUCAGGUACGCAUUUGAAGGUAUCUUACAAGCACUUUAUGAUGGAGAUAGAGAAAAGUUACCAUGUUCUGCAAUCUAUUGUCCCCUGCGUUCUCCAAAUAGAAUUCUAGAAUGGAUGGAUAUGCCUACAGUUUCUUUUUUCAUGAAUAUAUUUGCGCUGUGUAUUUGGAUAGCGUGUCUGCAGAUUGCUACUUACCUUGUACUUAAAUGGAAGGCGAACGUAGCACGGAGAUGACAUAUUAUGUAUUUUCCUUUAAAAAGUGAUUGUCCUUCGACCAAUAUUAUUAAUUAAAUAUCAAAAAGGAAAAAGAAAAAUACUUCAAAAUUAUUCAUCUGUAGAUUUGAAAAUAUUUAUGUGAAAAGUGUUUGAUGGCUAUUAAGUAAAAAUGCUUAGAUAUGUUUUGUAAGUAUAUAUUUAAUUUUACAUACAAAAUUAUAAAUAAUGAAAAUAUAUUUCUUUAUACUUGAAACGUUUUCUAGUACAUACAUUGUUAAUGUGUAAAGCAUAUUCUUGGGAAGGGGUUAUCACAACGUUGAUAAGCCCACAUUCUCAAAAAUAUUGUUCUCGAUGUGUUACGUAAAAUCGGCAAGAUCGCGAGUUCAAAGUACUUCCGUAAAUAUUAAUGGCUCGAAUAGCUCAAUGUCAAGAGAUUAAUCAUUUUGUACUGAAAACCUGAUGUAUUGGGUUUUAUCUUUGCCUUAUAAAUUAAAAUAAGUACUCUAAAACAUGUAAGUGGACUUCGUGCCUUAUUUAUUUAUAGCACUCAAGACCCUUUGAAUACAAUGAAAUGUUUAACAAAGUUGAACAUUAUAAAAA